GAGUAAUUAUUCAUUCAAUGAAAAUUUAGGUGGGAAAAAAGCCCAAAUUGUAAUUUUUCCCCCCCUUCUGUACACGGACACGCGCAUUGUAAGGAAGGAGAGGAGGGCGUCGGGGGCGUGCUUUCCGUGUCUGGUUAAUAGACUGACAGCCAGCUGUGCGGCUACAACAACAAUCUCCUUCGCUACACACAACUAGAUUCUGGUUUUGGUCAGCCGCCAAUCGCAACCGACUUCUGUAGCUGGUGUUUUAAAGCGAACACUCGACAGCACGCUGCCACUUUUGUCCCGUAUCAUCGCCGGGUUGUCUGCUAACUAGCUAGAAGAGCGUUUCCUCCAACAUGAAUCCGAUGUGUGGCAGAUGUAAUCAAGUCGUUUACCCCACGGAAAAAGUGAACUGUCUGGACAAGUACUGGCAUAAAGGAUGCUUCAGCUGCGAGAUCUGCAAAAUGACUUUAAACAUGAAGAAUUACAAAGGCUUCGAGAAGAGACCAUACUGCAAUGCACACUACCCCAAGACAAACUUCACCUGUGUGGCUGAUACUCCAGAGAACCUCCGCCUCAAACAGCAGACCAAGAUGCAGAGCCAGGUUCACUACAAGGAGGACUUUGAGAAGAAUAAGGGCAAAGGUUUCAGCGUGGUCGCCGACACGCCAGAGCUGCAGAGAAUUAAGAAAACGCAGGACCAGAUCAGCAAUAUCAAAUACCAUGAGGAUUUUGAGAAGAUGAAGACUGGUGCAGAUGCUCCAUAUCAGCCUAGCAACCCCAACCAAGGCUCUUACCAGCAGCCUGCAGCCUCCCAGGACUACCACCAACGUGAGCCUACUCCUGAACCAGUGCGUGAGGCUCCUGCUAAUCGUCCCAGUUCUGGGAGGCGAUACAGAGCAGUGUACGACUACACUGCUGCCGAUGACGACGAGGUGUCUUUCUUGGACGGAGACAUGAUCGUAGAUGUGCAGAAGAUCGACGACGGCUGGAUGUACGGCCGCGUGGAGCGCACCGGCCAGCAGGGCAUGCUGCCCGCCAACUAUGUGGAUGAAUUUUGAAUGAUCGGGGGAAAGAAGUAAAGUAAAAGAGAGGAGAGAAAGAAAGAAGGGAGGGAAAGAAGGAAAGGAAAAGCCCAGUGCCAUCUCAUCUUAACACCGCUUUCUCUUAAUUUUACUCUGGUUCCUUAAAAAAAAAA